AUGGAAAUUAGAAAUAUGAAAAAUUUUGAUGACAAAAAAUUUGUUGAAGAUUUACUUAAUCAGCAUUGGGAAUAUGUAUACUUCUUCGCUGAUAAUCCAAACACUAUGUGGGAGAUUUGGAAGAAAUUGUUCGAGGAAGUACUAAAUAAGCAUGCACCCAUUCAACAAAAAAAGAUCAGAUCAAAAAAAGUCCCUUGGAUUACUAGUGAAAUCAAAAAGCUUAUAAAUAAGAGGGAUAGAUCUAAGAGAAAAGCCAUUAUUAAAAACCUUGAAGCAGAUUGGUUAGUGUAUAAACAAACCAGAAAUAAAGUAAAUAUAGAAAUGAAAAAAGCCAAAAAGGAUUAUUACUCCAAGAGAAUUGCUGGUCAAAAACAAAAUCCAAAGGAGGCUUGGAAAACAAUAAACAACUUACUAGGCAGACAAAACAAACCAACAAAAGUAAAUGAGUUGAGUAUAAGUGGAAAUAAUUUAACAAAUUCAGAAGACAUUGCAGAGGGCUUUAACGAAUUCUUUUCAAAUAUUGGACCUGACUUAGCUAGCAAAAUUGAUACUUCGAAUCACAAUUUUCAAGAGUAUAUUAAGAAACCUAAAUCAGAAUUCACUGUAUUUGAGUCAAUUGCCACCAACAAAGUUUAUUAUCUCCUACGUGGCCUCUCUAGUACAAAAGCCACUGGCAUUGACAAAAUUUCAAGUAAAAUUUUAAAACUAGCAGCACCUGCUAUCUCCAGUUCAUUAACUUAUUUUUAA